UAUACAAUGUACAGAACGUAAUAGUGGUCCAUUCAAGACGUUUCAUUUCCCAGAUACUAUAUACCGUAUACUAUAUGCCGGAUUAUGGAUUAUUGACGUAGAGAAGAAUAAAGUACUGCAACCCUGACUGAGCCGCAACCAACACUCGGUGCCCGAGGAAUCUAAUCUCUACCCGCGCAAUUACGCCAUCUCCACCACAUCCUCUACACAUUCGUUCUCCACCUACUUUCCCCUGUUUUUUCAUUGUUUAAAAGUCGACAAAACCGCAAGAUGAGUGCCCAGGCUAAAGUCAAAGAAUACGUCGCCAAGAACCCAAUCAUGGUGUUCAGCAAAACAUAUUGCCCCUACUGCGUUCACGCAAAGAGUCUUCUCGAGAAAGAGUCAAAGGCCGUGGCGGCUAAAGUCCUCGAACUCGACGAGAUGGGCAGAGAGGGAAGCGAGCUCCAGAACGCGGUCAAGGAGCUGUAUCAGCACCGCACCGUGCCCGCUGUCUUUAUCGGCGGAAAAUUCAUUGGCGGAGAUUCGGACUUGACUGCUCUGAAAAACAGCGGUAAGCUCGAUGCGCUUCUCAAGGAGCUGUAAAGAUGGUCUAUAGGUCGGUUUGAGCUCCUACUUCGAGGAUAUCAACUACAACUGUAUUUUAAAUAAAAUCUAUUUACAAACUUCAUAUAAACUAUAAAGUUA